AUGGACCUUCUCCUGCAGGGAUCCAUAGAUUGUCCUAACCUGGAUUUUGAGUACGGAGAUGCUGACAGCCACGCAGCGGAGCUGGCAGAACUCUACAGCUACACGGAGGGACCCGAAUUUGCCCUCAACAGAAAAUGCUUUGAGGAGGAUUUUCAGAUCCAAGGGGUCUUUGGGGAGUGUGACACGGAAGCGGAUGUCCUCGGCUGGGCUCGACACAACAACUUCUUGCUGUACCAAAUGGGGACCUUCACAGCCUUUCUGGAACUGCUGAACAUGGAAGUGGCCAACACCGAGGCGCGCAGCAGUGCCCUGCGGAAGCCGGCCAUCUCUGUGGCGGACAGCACCGAACUCCGGGUGAUUUUGACCGUCAUGUACCUGAUGGUGGAAAACAUCCGGGUGGAAAUGGAGACAGAUCCUCCGAAGUGGACGGCGUCCCGAGAGAUGUUCAGAGCUGAGCUGAGUUAUCCGAUCCACAGCGAAGAACCGUUUGGGCUCUUGCUGUUCACGAUGGUGACCAAAUUCUGCAGCGAACAUUCCCCACACUUCCCCAUGAAGAAGGUCCUGCUUCUGCUCUGGAAGGUCCUGGUGCCUCUGAUGAAGCAAGACAGCCUAGACAUUUACAACGAGAGGGACCCCUUCAAGAACGAGGAGGCCAUGGUGGACGAAGAGGACCCCGAUGACAUCGCAAAUGGGCUGGAAGGAGAUCUGGACAUCUUGGAAAGGGGCAGCGUCCUCCAGGCUGUGCCGCUUCCAUGCCCACCUGUGGAGAAGGUCUCCUUCCCAAAGGGCCUUCCGUGGGCCCCCAAAGUCAGACAGAAAGACAUCGAACACUUCCUGGAGACGAGCAGGAACAAAUUCAUUGGAUUCACUCUUGGGCAAGACACCGAUACUUUAGUAGGCUUACCGUGCCCCAUCCAUGAAAGUGUGAAGACUCUGAAAGAGCACAAAUAUAUCUCGGUGGCCGAAGUGCAGAUCAAGAAUGAGGAAGAAAUGGAAAAAUGCCCCAUCUCUUUGGGGGAAGAGGAUGUGCAAGAGACGCCAUGUGAGGUUCUCUAUCAGGCCAUGCUCUACAACCUGCCACAGUACAUGAUUGCUCUGCUUAAGAUCCUGCUGGCCGCCGCCCCAACAUCAAAAGCCAAGACGGACUCAAUCAACAUCCUGGCUGACGUCUUACCGGAGGAAAUGCCGGUGACUGUCCUCCAGAGCAUGAAGCUGGGGAUCGACGUGAACCGGCACAAGGAAAUCAUCGUCAAGAGCAUCGCGGCUUCCCUGCUGCUCCUCCUGAAGCAUUUCCGGCUGAACCACGUUUACCAGUUUGAGUAUGUUGCCCAGCAUCUGGUCUUCGCCAACUGCAUUCCGCUCAUCCUGAAGUUCUUCAACCAGAACAUCAUGUCCUACAUCACCGCCAAAAACAGAGAUGCUCUUCUAUUGACAAUAUGUUGUGUUCUUCUCCCUUUUUUUGAAACGUUAGCCUGUUGGAAUCCCCUUGUGUUUGCACGGCGGUCCUUUUGCACAUAUUUGUACACUGCUUUUCUCCCGUUCGAUCUUAUUUCUUCCCGUCUGGUCUCCGGAUAGAUGCUGGUGGUGUUCAAGUCGGCUCCAAUCCUGAAACGCGCUUUGAAGGUGAAACAGGCCAUGAUGCAGCUCUACGUCCUGAAGCUGCUGAAGAUCCAGACCAAGUAUCUCGGGCGCCAGUGGAGAAAGAGCAACAUGAAGACCAUGUCAGCCAUCUACCAGAAGGUCCGUCACCGCAUGAACGACGACUGGGCCUACGGCAACGAUGUCGACGCUCGCCCUUGGGACUUCCAAGCGGAAGAAUGCAGCUUACGAGCCCACAUCGAGUCUUUUAAUAGCCGGAGGUACGACAAGAUCCGGGAUGCCGAAUUUUGUCCCGUCGACAACUGCCUUCAGAGCGUGCUGGGACAAGACUUAGAACUGCCCGAAGAUUUCCACUUUUCGUACGAACUCUGGCUAGAGAGAGAAGUAUUUUCCCAGCCCAUUCGCUGGGAAGAACUGCUGUGUUACCAGUGA